UGAGUAUGUGGCAUGAUUUCAUUUGUUUGUUUGCAGGGCAUUUUCUGAACUCAAGAUCUUGAUAAAAAAGACAAGAGGAAGACAGCUUUGAUGAAGGCAACUUCAAACCUGUCUCUGGAGGAAGUUAAUAUUGAGGAGAAAAAAAGUUUUGAGGCUUUCAUAAACCAAUUGGGAGCUGAUAAUGUCUUUGAAGACGAGUCAGAAAUCUGGAAGAUCUGGGUGCAGCUCUGGGAGGCAGAACCACAUCUGCUGGGAAAUCUGAAGGAGUUCUUGGCUAAAAUGACACACUUGAUCAAGGAAGCUAAGCAUGAAAAAGAGAAGAUACAGUUACUACUGAAAAUACAAAUUUCUGAUCACAAUAAGAAGGUGCAGAAGCUAUAUGAGGAAAUGGAGCAGCAAAUUGAGAAGGAGAAACAAAAGCUGCAGAAUGAGGGUAAAGCCAGGAGCCAGCUGCAUUACAUGGAGAUGCAGGAAGAAUUGGAUGUCAGAGAACAGGAAAUCCAGCAUUCCUUCAUUGUUCAAAAAGAGGUAAAAUAUCAGUGUGACAUGAAGAGGCAGCAACAGAGCGAGCUCUCCCUUGUGGCCCCUGAUGAUGACACUCCUUUGGAGUGA